GUCAUAACUAUAAGUGCCCAUCUCUUGGUGCAACACCCAUCCAUUUUCUGCAUCUCUCUCCUCUUCAGAUUGGUGAGAAAACAAGAGAGAGAAAGCAAGGCAGAAAUUGUAGAUUCUUUCCUCCAUUAUCUUCUCCCUCUUGGAAUAUCAUACCCAGCUGUUACCAUGGCUUUUUUCCAAGAUCAAUCCAUGGAGGGCUCUCUCUCUCCCCAAAGGAAAAUGGGUAGGGGGAAGAUCGAGAUCAAACGGAUCGAAAACACGACGAACCGUCAAGUCACCUUCUGCAAACGCCGCAACGGAUUGCUCAAGAAAGCCUACGAGCUGUCUGUUCUUUGCGAUGCUGAGGUUGCCCUUGUUGUCUUCUCUGCCCGCGGCCGCCUUUACGACUAUGCCAACAACAGUGUCAAAGGAACGAUUGAGAGGUACAACAAGGCAUGCUCAGGCUCCUCCGAUACUGGGUCGGUUUCGGAACUAAAUACGCAGUUCUAUCAGCAAGAAGCCGCCAAAUUGCGUGCCCUGAUUUCGAAUCUGCAGAAUUCAAACAGCCAAAUGCGGGGUGAGUCUCUGAGCUCAAUGUCUCUCAGGGAACUCAAGAACCUGGAGACUAAAUUGGAAAGAGGAAUGAGUAGGAUCCGCUCCCAAAAGAAUGAGCUGUUGUUUGCGGAAAUCGAGCUUAUGCAAAAGAGGGAAAUCGGCUUGAAUCACAAAAACCAGUGCCUCCGAGCAAAGAUGGCUGAGACUGUGAAGCAAAUGAACUUAGUGAAUGGAGCCGGGCCUGACUAUGAUUUGAUGCCACCUCAUGGUCACUCAUGUGACUCUGGGGACUACCUUCACGUCAAUGGGCUCCACCACCAACCCAAUCAUCAGUACCAUCACUAUUCACGUCAAGACCAAACUACCCUUCAGCUAGGCUAAUUAAUGUGCUCGAAGGGAGGUAGGUUUGCCCUGCUCAUUCUCUCUAUGAAGGUUAUUUCAAUUGAGUAGACGAAGGCGCCGCUUCUCUGAUAUUGGCCAUCGGACUCUAUUAACUACGAGGAACUAUUUUACUUUAUGAGCACUCGGGCGUGCAAUACUAUCAUGGUGUGUUAAAAAAGUGUACUAGCUCCCAAUCCUUUUCUGUGAUUUUAAGUUAUUUUUCUUCUUCUUCUUCAAA